AUGGAACGCCUUCGCGCGGUCGUAAGCUACGCCGAUCAAGGCGUCACCGUAGGGACCGCAGCCAGGGAAACCGAGUGCUCGAUGGGCGUGUGUUGUGACGGUGACCGGUUCGACAAGAUCCGGCAAAACCAAGCUUCGGGGGCUGUGUAG